AUGCCUCAUGGCCACUGGUUCAUCUGUGUAGUGAUGGAUUACUUUACCAAGUGGUCUGAGGCAUACACUCUCCCUGAUCACGAGGCAACACUGUGGCAGAGGCCCUCGUCACUCAAUUCUUCACAAGGUGUGAAGAAGACCCGUACCACCCCAUUGAGGUGCCAGAGUGACGGGAUUGUGGAAAGGUUCAACCAGACCCUAGAGGAGGAACUUGUCAAGUACUGUGAUACCACACAGCAGGACUGGGACCUGUGGCUGCCAUAUGUGCUAAUGGCAUACCGGUCUGCAGAGCACAAGGCCACAGGCUACGCCCCAGCAAGUUUGAUGUGCAACAGGGAGCUCCGUCUGCCCAUGGACUUGACCACAGGAAGGCCGCCUGAUGAGGGGCUACGGCGUGCUGAGUCAUUGGGUGCACCGGUGAAGAUCCACUCAGCAACAAGCCGGGAGGUCAAAUCCAGAAGCUGGAGUGUGGCAGGGAGACGACAGCGGUAG